AUGGGUUUUCUGGACGAUUCCGGGUAUUUGUAUAUCAAUGGCCGCAUCAAAGAUAUGAUCAUUAGAGGCGGCGAAAACAUAUACCCCAAAGAGGUGGAGGACUUCCUAAUGACCCACCCGUCCAUCGCAGCCGCACACGUGGUGGGAAUACCUGACACACGUCUGGGCGAACGGUUGGCCGCAUAUAUUAAGCUGAAAGCCGACGACGUGUUAGACACUGAAGCUGUUAAGGAGUACUGCAAAGGAAAGAUCAGUCAUUUUAAGAUACCGGAGAGCAUAGAGUUUGUGCCUGACUUUCCCCGCACUGUCACCGGAAAAGUACAA